AGAGGUGUUUCGGCCCUCCAGGACCGGAAUUGAAGAACCCUGCCUUAGUGCAUUGAGUUUGCUGAGGUUUUUACGUUUUUCAUUUAUUUCCCGCAACCAGUAGUGGGCGGCGCUACACCAUUUCCGGUGUAAUCUGCCCUAAAACACCACCGAAGAAGAUCACUGAGGUCAGACUGCUACAAGAAGUGAAGAUGCCGACUGCCUACGAGAGGUUCAAUUUGCACACUACCCCAGAGAAGUUCUAUAUUGAGGCCUGUGAUGACGGGGCGGAUGCAGUUCUGGCCAUCGACAGGGUGUCCAAUGAGAUGACCCUGACUGGGAAGAAGGAUGUUCCUCCGUCGGCGAACACCAGGCCCAUCUGUGGCAUCAUGGGGACCGUCCGUCUGGUGGCAGGGAUGUACCUGAUCGUCAUUACCAAGAAGAGGAAUGUGGGCAGCCUGCUGGGCCACGCUGUGUGGAAGGCAGUGGAUUUUGACGUCAUCUCCUACAAAAAGACUGUGCUUCACCUCACUGAGAACCAGACGCAAGACAACAAGACGUUCCUGUCCAUGAUUAACAACGUGCUGACUACAGAUGGAUUCUACUUCUGCACUGACUAUGACCUGACCCACACCGUCCAGAGACUGGCCAACGUCAGCCACGACUUCCAGGAGAUGAGCCUGCUGGAGAGGGCAGAUCAGAGGUUUGUGUGGAAUGGAAGCCUCCUGAGAGAGUUCCUUGCACAGCCGGAGCUCCACAGGUUUGCGAUCCCUGUUGUCCAUGGAUUCAUUGUGAUGAAGCCGUGCCGUGUCAACGGGAAGAUCUUUGAAUGGAUCCUCAUAUCCAGAAGGAGCUGCUUCAGGGCUGGGGUCAGGUACUACGUCAGAGGUAUCGAUUCUGAGGGCCACGCUGCUAACUUUGUGGAGACGGAGCAAAUAGUCCUGUACAAUGGAGGGAGGGCUUCAUUCGUACAGACACGAGGCUCCAUGCCCUUCUUCUGGUCUCAGAGGCCCAACCUGAAAUACAAGCCCAAACCACUGAUCAGCAAGAACACCAAUCACAUGGAUGGCUUCCAGAGGCAUUUUGACUCCCAGGUCCUCAUCUAUGGAAAGCAGACCAUUCUGAACCUGGUCAACCAGAAGGGUUCAGAGAAGCCCCUGGAGCAAGCCUUUGCCAAGAUGGUGACUGGCAUGGAGAACGGCAUGAUCAAGUACGUAGCAUUUGACUUCCACAAGGAGUGCAGUGGGAUGAGAUGGGAUCGUCUGAAUAUCCUGGUGGACAGUGUGGCUGAGACACAAGAUGAAUACGGCUACUUCAUGGUAGACACGGAGGGGAAGGUGUUGUCCCAGCAGAAGGGGACGUUCCGCAGUAACUGCAUGGACUGUCUGGACCGCACCAACGUCAUCCAGAGCAUGCUGGCCCGCCGCUCCAUACAGUCCCAGCUACAGAGGAUGGGUGUCCUGCAUCUGGCCCAGCGGAUUGAGGAGCAGGCUGAUUUUGAGAAGAUCUACAAGAAUGCUUGGGCUGACAAUGCCAAUGCAUGCGCCAAGCAGUACGCUGGUACGGGAGCCCUGAAGACUGACUUCACAAGGACAGGGAAGAGGACCCAGAUGGGUCUGGUUAUGGACGGAGUGAACUCUGCCAUUCGUUACUACAAGAACAACUUCUCUGAUGGCUUCAGACAAGAUUCCAUUGAUUUGUUCCUUGGAAACUAUGCUGUUGAUGAAACAGACGGCCCCACUCCACUCCACAUCCAGAAGGACUGGAAGUUCCUCACGCUGCCCAUCAUCAUGGUGGUGGCGUUCUCUAUGUGUAUCAUCUGCCUCCUCAUGGCUGGUGACACGUGGACUGAGACCCUGGCGUAUUUGUUGUUCUGGGGCACUGCUGCUGCCGUCACCGCUUCCGUCAUCGUCUUCAACGGCCGUGACUUUGUGGACGCCCCCAAACUGGUGCAGAAAGAGAAGAUGGACUGAGUGUGUGUUUUUUUUUGUGGAAAGCAGCUCGGCCCAGCGGACUCCCUAUACCUCUUCAUCUUCUUCCUCUUCUUCCUCCCGGCUGCUCGAGGCUCUGACUCUAUACUUACCUGCUCUCCACACUGUCCUCCUAGGGCUAUGUCCCAAAUGGUACCCUAUUCCCUAUAUAGUGCACUUUAAUGGAGUACUAUUUGGGACGUAGCCCUAGAGUUUCUAUUGGGGUUUCUACUGUAACCCAGAACUCCUGUUUUUCAGGCAUUAAACCCACUAAACUGUAGUCUCCUAUCAGACACUCACAUCUUCAGUUCUGGCCACCUUCCUAUCCCACAUUCCUUAAGUCAUGGCGUGUAUUGACCUUAUGUUUAAUUUAUUUUUUGUUGUCUGUGUUGGAGAGGGUUGGUGGUUGGCGUAGUCGGUCAACCUUGGUGAUGGUGAAGUGGCACAUAGUAUUUGAUCUGAGAGGUGUGAGAAAUCUUUCAAUGUUCAUUCAUUGUUGGUUAUAGAGUAGUCACUAUACCAGUGCUCUCCAACCCUGUUCCUGGAGAGCUACUGUCCUGUAGGUUUUCAUUCCAAACCCUAAUCUAGCGCACCUGAUUCUAAUAAUUAGCUGGUUGAUAAGUUGAAGCAGGCCAGUUACAACUGGAGUUGGAGCGAAAACCUGCAGGAGGGUAGCUUUCCAGGAACAGGGUUGGAGAGCCCUGCACUAUACCAUAGUUGUCAUGUGGUGGGCAUUUUCCAGCUGUCAUAAUAGCCGUGUCUUGUCAGUGUGUUCUAGUUGACCUCACAUUCUUUUGGAACUGUUAUGCUCUUGAUAAGGUUUUCCCUAGCACUACGCAGCUGAUUCAAAUAACCAUCAUCAAGCUUUGAUUAUUUGAAUCAGCUGUGUAGCGCUAGGUCAAAAACCAA